AUGAACUCGACCCUAUCCAAACCUUUUACAGCUGAAGAGAUUAAAGCUGCCAUAUUCAGUAUGAAUCCAUUAGGCUCUUCUGGGCCUGAUGGUUUUCCAGCAAAAUUUUACCAGGAAUACUGGGAUACAGUUGGCUUUCAAGUCUGUGAGGUAGCUUUGGAGGCACUAAAUGGAGCUUUUGUCCCAGGGAGGCUUAUAACCGACAACAUCAUUAUGGCUUUUGAAUCCCUGCACACCAUGAAAACCAGGUUGAAGGGCAAAGAUAGUUUUAUGGCCUUAAAACUCGACAUGAGUAAAGCCUACGACAGGAUUGAGUGGGAUUUCUUGGCUUCUGUUAUGCACAAGAUGGGCUUUUCAGACUCUUGGAUUAGUUUAGUCAUGAAAUGUGUUACCUCAGUGACUUACUCUCUCUUAUUAAGUGGGGUGUCCCAACCUUUUUUCUGCCCCUCUCGAGGCCUUAGGCAAGGGGAUCCUCUCUCCCCUUACCUUUUCAUCUUGUGUGGUGAAGCUCUCAAUUGCCUCCUCAAUAGGGCAAAAUGUAAUGGUUUCAUCACAUGCUUACCUAUUAGACAGAACCAUUUGCACAUUAAUCAUCUAUUUUUUACAGAUGACUCUCUCCUUUUCUGCAAGGCCAACUCGAUUGAAUGGAUUCAUCUUUACCACCUGCUGGACACAUACGAGAAAGCAUCAGGGCAAAGACUAAACAAGGAUAAAACUUCAAUCUUUUUCAGCAGGAAUACUCGAGAGGAAACCAAAGAGAUAGUAACAAGCAUUGCUGGAAUUAGAGGGACAAAUUCAUGUAAAAAAUACUUGGAUUUACCAGCCCUCAUCGGCAGAUUGAGAACCUACUCUCUCAAAGGUGUAUUAGCUAAAGUGCAGGCCAAACUAAGCAGCUGGAAAACCAAACUGCUAUCACAAGCAGGGAAGGAGAUCCUUGUUAAGGUUGUGAUUCAGUCAAUCCUCACCUAUUGCAUGGGAAUUUUCAAGCUGCCAAAACACUUACUUCAUGACCUCAACAAAUUGAUCAGAUCCUUCUGGUGGGGGCUGCAGUCCCAAGACCACAAGAUACAUUGGGUAGCAAGGAAACAGAUGAACAAGUCUAAGAAGUCAGGAAGGCUAGGCCUUAGAGACUUUGAAAAUUUUAAUGUUGUCCUUCUAGCCAAACAAUGCUGGCGGAUUCUUUCAUUUCCACACUCUCUUACUGCCAGGGUAUUUCAAGAGAAAUAUUUCAAAAGAAAGCACUUCCUUUCUGCGAAAGUGGGCUACAACUCAUCCUUCCUGUGGCAGAGUUUUAUCUCUGCUAAACCACUCCUUGAGGAAGGUUUAAUUUGGCGUAUUGGGGAUGGGAAAUCUGUGACCAUCUGGAAUGACAAGUGGAUCCCUCAAAAAUCCACUUUCAGACCUCAAAGUUCAACCAGGUUCUUGCCAGUAGACACUAAAGUUGCUAUACUCAUCGACUACUCUACAAACCAAUGGAAGAUUCCCAUGCUAGAAGCACUUUUUAACAACACAAAAGCUGGAAUCAUCAAGAGGAUACCCCUCAGUCCCUACCCGAAGCAAGACAAGCUGAUAUGGAGAUGUACUCCUACUAGCACUUUCUCAGUCAAGAGUGCUUACUACCUAAAGGAUGAGUUGGAUAAAAGUAAGGGUCAAAGCAGUAGGAAGCUUCAGAAAACAAGCUUGCAAUCACAGGCCUUCAAACAACUGGUAGAAAGCUUGUUUGAGUUCCUAGAAGAUGAGGUGAUGAUUGAGUUUGCUAUCACAGCUUGGAUGAUAUGGAAAAGAAGGAAUGAACUAGUUUUUAACAAAACUUUCAUGCAUCCUAACUCCCUCAUUCAACAAGCCAAGGUAUUCAUUGAGGAGCAGAGUCAAAUUCAACAUGCUACCACGACCCCAUCAACUGAUCCAAGGAGGUCAUCUCAAUGGGAAGCUCCUCCACGUGGCCAACUCAAGUUGAAUUGGGAUGUUGCCCUUAACAAAAACAACUGCAAGGUGGGUGUUGGAGCAGUUAUUCGAGAUUGGGAAGGAACAAUUAAGGCCACGAUGAGAAUGAAGCAUGAUCUCUACCCUGAACCCCUGCUGGCAAAAGCCUAUGCUCUCCCGCAAGCAUCCAUUUUCUGCAAAUCUCUAGGCUGGAAAGAAUUCAUCUUGGAAGGGGACUCUUUACAAGUUGUCAACUAUCUAAAGACUGGUGUAGUCAAUGAUUCUUAUGUGGGACAAUGA